GUUUUUCUUUUUUGACUCCUCAAGGAUGCUGCAGGACCAGGGUCUGUCGUCGGUGCCGGGCCUGCUGGAGAGGGUCCUCCGGCUGAAGGAGACGCACUGCUCCCCCUAUCUGCUGGCUUUCCUGUUCGACUGCUACGAGGACGCCUUGGAGAACAGCAGUCAGGAAGGGAACAAGUCGGACGAGGAACUAAAGGAAACUUUAGAAAAGGCUCUUGAAAUUUGUCAUCUUUUGGCCCAUGAGAAAGACACCAUCCGUAAAGAGUACUGGCUGUUUCUGGGACGUUCUUUGAAGAACAAACAGGGAGCUGAUGAGCCUGCGCCCGGGCAGCAGGAGAGGAGCUAAACCACCGGGUCACCAGCAGCUGUUCUCUUUGCUUCAACACAACCUUCUGUUUGCUUGUGAACUUCUGUGUGUCAGCAGCCCCUGAGCACGGAUGGCGACCCGACAGUGAUCUCAUGCACACUGAAUCCAAACUGUCUUAGAGUGAGGAUGGGUACGCAUCUUACGUUAUUAUCUGUUAUAAUAAAACGAAAUAUUUUCUAGAAGUAGCUAACUGACAUGUUGAUCAGAUUUCUUUAUGUUGUGUUUUUAAAAAAUAUAUAACUUAAGCUAGUUUUGUAACAGCUAUAUUUCUUAAUGAUACUCAUUGGUGACAAUAUGAUUCUUAUCCCCGAAUCAAACAUUAAUAGAAGAUUUAGUUUGUUGGGUUGUGAAAAAGUGUGACAUCAUGGGAAUUGUUGUCUUUACCACUAUUAGUUUUUGCAGUCAGCUUCUCACAGUUUAGAUCUGUUCAUUGUUCAGGGGGAUACACUGAAUAAAACAUCUUCAAUUCAAGUAAGUGUUCGGCUGCUGCUAACUGCUAACUCUGCUAACUUCAAACCAAGCUGCCCAAUGUAUAAAUCCUUCAUCCGAGUGGAAAAUAUAGUUAAGAAUGACUUAAGAUGUAAAAAGUGUAAAAAAUGUGGUUUGAAACUGGUUAAAAAACAAACAAAAAAGAGGUCUAGUUUUUGACAUUGUAUUGCCAAUAGAUUGAUACCUUUAACUCCAAAUAAGACUGAGUGGAGCACAGUGUGCACACAGUACCACUGACUCCAGAGCAGUGUUCGGUGGUUUUGUGACAUGUCAUUGUGUUUUAAUGGAAGGCAUCAGAAAGCAUCAAGACAAAUAAAAUAAACUGUUUGCAGUAAUACUGA